AGUGGAUUAAGUUUUAGUUCGGUUAGUUCGCGUGCUGGGCCACGGCGAUUGGGACGGCGGACGGAGCGACGACAAAUAUACAUGAGAUAGCGGAGAUAAAAAAAAUAGUAAAAGAAGAGAAAGAGAGAAAGAAAAGAGAGAAGAAAGAGGGGCGAAGGGGAUUUAUUUUUCUUAACGGCUGGGAGAGGGAAUACUGUGGUAGUCUGACGAGUGGUGAGAAUAAAUAGUGACGAAUAUAAUUAUUGUUUGACGAAUCAACGAAACAUCGAACAACAAGAGACUCGACUGCGAUUAUACGAUUUAUUUUAUUCGGUUUUGCCGGUUAAUAGUAACCGAAUUUUUCCCUAAUUAUAUAUAUUUUUUUUUUACAAAGAAGCUGUUACGUGGGUGGAAGAGAUUGGGAGAGACUCUUCUCAUCAACGUGCUUCUUAAGGGAAAGUGAAUUUUCGGUUACGUCGGUGGUUUAUCUCGCAACAUAACUAUCAUCAAGUAAGUUUCAACACACGCCGAAUAGAAAAAAAAAGUAAUAAGGAAAUUGAGGGUAAAUGAAUUGCGUAAGUGUCUGUAAAGAGGGUGAUGAUAAGUUUGUGAAAUGUAUUAAAUAUAGUUAUCUCCAAUCAAUAAUCCAGUGAAUAAUCAGUGCAUCACUGCUAAGAGGAUAAAAUAAAUCUUUCGGGAAUAUACGUGCAAAAAAACAAAUAAUUAAAAGGAAUCCAGUAACCUGGUGAGGAUCAUUGGAGCGCAAAAGCGCUCUUCUAUUUGAAUGUUGCCACGGGACUACCGGUGUUAAGCAGCAACAGCUGGAAAAUUUCGGUGACACCCCGUAAACAUGGGUGUCGCCGAUGAUUUUGCGCCGAGCUUUACGCAAAAGCCCCAACUUCGUCAGGAAGAUGAGGGCAAUCGUCUUAUCUUUGAGUGCCAACUAGUCAGCUCACCAAAACCAGAAAUAUCAUGGUUUCGCGGUGAUGAACAACUAAAAGCAGAUUCAAGAACAAAUUUUAAGAUCCAAGGUAUUGGGGCCAACAAGUUUCUCGUUGUUCUUGAAAUUGAUGAUGUUAUCGAGACCGAUGCUGGGCUUUACAAAGUCAAGGCCAUGAAUAAGAUGGGCGAGGUCGCGGCGUCAAUUAACUUGAACUUCAGCCCGAUGGAUGAACAAAGAGAAAAACAAAUUGAUGGUAUCGCCCCGACAUUCGCUAAAAAACCUGCUAUAAGACAAGAAGAUGAUGGAAAACGAUUACUCUUUGAGUGUCGCAUCACCGCUGAUCCCACUCCCAAAGUUUCAUGGUUUCACGAUGGGAACUUAGUCAAGGAUUCACCAAGACAUAAGCUAUCUAUUGACAAAGAUGGACAUUCGUACUUUGCAACCCUUGAAAUAAAAAAUGUGACUGUUGAGGAUGCUGGAAAAUACAAAGUCACAGCAAAGAACGAACUUGGUGAAUCCAAUGCUACGAUAUCCCUCAAUUUCGACAGCGAUGAAGCACCAGUGCCUGAUGAUGGAAUCAAACCGACAUUCACCGAACGACCUGUGAUCAGACAAUCUGAUGACGGCAACACUAUAACCUUCGAGUGUCGAUUAGUUGGAGAUCCAAAACCGAGUGUUAAGUGGUAUCAUGGGACCAACGAAAUUAGAGAAAGUGGAAGAUACAAGAUAUCUUUGGAAGCUGAUCAGAAAUUAUACUACUUAGCAAGGCUACAAAUAAGUAACGUACAGAAAAAUGAUAGUGGAGAGUAUAAAGCUAUGGCUAAAAACAAACAUGGUCAAGGCACAGCAACAAUUAAUCUCAACUUUGAAGGCGGUGAUAAACCUAAAAUUCCCGAUGGCAAACCUCCUCGUUUUCCGAAGAAACCAACGAUUCGACAGGAAGGCGAUAUUUUAAUAAUGGAGUGCAUCCUUGAAGCUCAUCCCGUACCCGAUAUAACGUGGUACCAGGGACAGAAAGCAAUUAAUGGAAGUUCACGUAUCAAAAUGUCAAAAAAGUCAACUGGAAAGGAUACUUAUCUACUCACACUUGAAAUUUUAAAUCCAACAAAGGCCGACGGAGGACACUAUCGCUGUAAUGCAUUUAAUAAUUACGGCGAGAGUAAUGCCAACAUCUCCUUAAAUUUCCAAGAGGAUGCUGGUGGCUUUGCACCUUCUUUCAUCGAGAAACCACGAAUAAUUCCUAAUGAGAAUGGCACCCUUAUCACUAUGAAGUGUAAAUGUAAAGCCAAACCCAAGCCAGAAGUAACGUGGUUUCGGGGAACAAAUGUCGUCAAACAAUCUUCGAAGAUAACGAUCAAAUCUAAAGAUAUUGAAGAAGACAUAUAUGAAUUAACAAUGGAAAUUAAGGAUCCUACCGGACCAGAUGGUGGUACUUAUCGGUGCCAUGUUCAGAACGAAUUUGGAGAAAGCAACGCGAAUCUUAACUUGAACAUCGAAGCUGAACCAGAACCGGAAGGCGAUGGACCGACUUUCGUAGAGAAGCCCAGGAUUCAAUCGCAAGAUGGUGGUAAAAUUGUUAUUAUGGAUUGUAAAGUCAGGGCUAAACCUAAGCCAGAAAUUGUCUGGACUCAUGCUGGAAAAGUAGUCAAUGAGUCAUCUAAAAUAAAACUUAGUGUUGUAAAAGAAAAGGAAGAUAUUUAUUAUAUCAAACUCGUCCUUAACGAUCCUGGUGCUGAUGAUUCUGGAUUGUAUAAAUGUAAUAUCAAGAAUACUCUUGGGGAACUUAAUGCAAAUCUCACUUUGAACGUCGAAAUUAUUCCGGUGAUAAAAGAAAAACCCAAAGUGAUUAAGAUUGUCAAAAAGAAGACAGUUAUAGUUGAAUGCACAGUUCUGUCCAAGUUUGCACCAGACUGUACGUGGUUUAAAGAAACUCAGGCAGUAAAGGAAGACUCAAGACACAAACUCCAUGUAGAAAAAGUUAAAGAAGGAGAAUUUGCUGUCAAACUAGAAAUUGAACAAAUUUCUACUGCUGACAAAGGAAGAUAUAAACUCGUAGCAAGGAAUGAGAAGGGUGAAGCUACUUCACAAGUUGUUGACAUUGCUGAACUUCCAGAAGAAGUGGAAAAGCCCAAGAUUGGCUCUGGAUUAAAAUCAGUGACUGUCGAGCAUGGCGAAAAUUUCGAAUUAUCUGCAUCACUUACACGUCAAGAUAAAAAAGUCACUAUUGAGUGGUACAGAGACACAACUAUAAUAAAGAGCUCCAAAAAUAUCCAAAUUUCAUUUAAUGGAAUUGAGAUGAAACUAGUUAUAACCUCAGCCACAGAGGAAUUUAGCGGUACCUACAAAGUCGUUGUGAGCAACGAAGCCGGAAAAGAUGAAUCGAGCACAACUGUUACAGUCAAGAAACGUACAGAAAAGAAAAAAGAAGAAGAAGAAGAAAUAAAGAAAAAGAAAAAAGUAGAGAAAAAGAAAGAAGAAGAGAAAAUCGAGGAAGUUAAGAAGUUAGAAGAGAAAAAAGUUGAAGAGAAAAAGAAGAUUGAAGAGUUCAAGAAGGAGGAGGAAGAAAAGAAGGAAUAUUCAAUAACUGAAUCCAUUGAUGAGGACGAUAAUGCUAGUGAAAUAACAGAGGAAGACGAAGACUUGGUGAGUGUCAUCGAGUCCAGUAUCGCCGAGUCAAUAUUUGAUGAACCAAAGUCCACCAUUUCUGACAUAAUUACACUUGUUCAGGAUAAACAAGAGAAGAAACAAAAUGGUCUUCCCAAACCAGACAAGGAAACUGAAAUUUCGAAGAAAAAGGAAGAGACUUUCAACAAUGUUGAACAAGUGGAAGAAAGGAAGUCCUUGAAGAAAAAGUCUGAACCAAAACCAGAAGACAAAAAAGAACCCGAGAAGAGGAAAUCGAUUAAGAAGAAGGAAGUUGAAGUGACUGAUAAGUCACGUGAAACUACUCCGAAACCGGAAAAAAUAUCUUCUCGCAAGUCUUCUAUAAGUAGAGUAGAAGAGUUGAAAACUGAAAGCCGACGAAGCUCUCUCGUCUCCACUACUGAGGAAACAAUUACAGAAAAUGGUAGUCCAUUUUCCAGUAGACGGUCUUCAUUGCAACAGGUUGAAGAAGAGAAGUCUUCUAGUCGUCGAUCUUCAAUUAUGGAGAAGAAAAAAGUUACAGAAAAGAAAACAAAACCAACGGAAAAAACAAAGCCAGCUGAGAAAAUUGAAGACGUGAAGGAUAAACCCGAAUCGAAAUCAAAAUUAUCUGUGGAUGAACCUUCACCACUGAAGAAACGAUUAUCAGUUUCAAAGGACACUCCUGCUAAAAAAGAAGAGGAAAAACCAGUAGUAGAUUUGAAACCCGUAGACAAAAAAAUAGCUGAAUUAAAGAAGGAUGGACCUACACUAAAACCUAAAAGUAAACUUUUAGACAAGCCAGAACUUCAGAAGGAAGAAGUAGUUCUCAGAAAGAGCAGCUUAAAACCUGUUCAAAAGGUGGAAGAGAAAGAAAAAAUAGAACUCAAGUCGACCAAUGGCGAAUCCAAUGAUGCAGAGCAAAAUGACAAAGAGUAUCGUAAGCUGCCAAAGGUGGCAGCAAAAUUCGAGAACUUCCUCAGUGUACAACUAAAACCCGUAGUUAAAGAACCUAAACAGCCUCAAAAGGCAGAAAAUGGCAUAAGUUAUGAAUUGAAGAAAACCGAGAAGGCAGAGAAGAAAGAUGUAAAGAAAACAAAAGUCUCGAAAGCUGAUAAAGAAAAGAGCUAUGAACUUCCAGAGAUUCCAGACUAUGAAAGACCGGUGUUAGAGAAACCUCAAGAAUUUGAAUUUUCAGAAUAUGGAGGUCGUGAGAAAACAAAACUUGAUCGACCAGCAACACAGAAAUUCGACUCAAAACCAAAACCACCGGAAAUUAAAACACCUCAAGAGACGCCAAAGAUCGAAGUUAUCAAAGAAACAACUCCAGUUGGAAGCAGAAGACCAUCUCUUGUGCCUGGAAGUGGUGCAAGUAGUCGUCGUGGGUCUCUUAUUCCUCCUGAGGAAUUGGGACGCAGACCUAGUCUUAUCAUCAGCGACGAGGAGAAUAGGAAGCUGCGUCCUGGCGAAGUGAUUGAAGAGAAGAAGGCUGGAAAGUUACGCCCCGGCGAGGUGUUAGACGCCAAGAUUAAACACGGGCGCCCCGGUGAGGUGCAAGAUAAACAGCGACGUCGUCCGAGUACGGACCUCAGAAGACCAAGCGUGGCGGACCUUGAGAAUAAGAUCAACCAACCUAGUACACCCCUUCGAGAUGUGGGACCCGCUGGACCACCACAAAUCGUCGACGUGCAGGAGUCAUACUCUGCAGUCGAGGACUCGACGGCCUAUCUCACCGUUCAGGUGGAAGGAAAUCCUGCGCCAACAUUUAAAUUCUACAAGGGAAUGACAGAAAUUAUCGAAGGUGGUCGAUUCAAAUUCUUAACAGACACAGAAACAAAUACCAUCACACUAUGUAUGAGAAAAACCAAGCCUAAUGAUGAGGGAACAUAUAAAAUUGUUAUCAGUAAUAUCCAUGGCGAGGAUUCAGCUGAAAUGCAGCUUUAUGUAUCCGAUGCCAGUGGAAUGGAUUUCCGAGCUAUGCUCAAAAAAAGGAAAUACCAAAAAUGGGGAAGAGAAGACCCAGAUCCAGAAAAAGUCGAUCUCAAAGAAGUGGAAAAACCUAUGCCAGCCUUAAAGAAGGUUGAAAAGAAGCAAGAUUCUUUCCUGAAACCUUUAGUGGAUCAAUAUGCUAAAGAGGGUAAAGAUAAGAAAGUUACGUUUGAUGCAAACUUCUCCAAACCAAAUGCAAAACCAAAGUGGUUCUUCCGUAAAGAUGAGCUCUUCCCUUCAUCGAAGUACAAAUUCAAGAAUGAAGAAGAUUCUUAUCAACUUGUAAUUUUGAAUCCCAAAGUUGAAGACACUGGCAAAUACACUAUUGACAUUGGCGGAAUAACAAGCACAGCUUUUCUCAAUGUCGAUGAACCUGAUCCAUCUUACACGUUUAUCAAGCCCUUAUCAAAACAGACUGAAGGUUUCACUAGACAUGAAGCCUUCAUGGAAUGUACCCUCAGUUCAAAUCUUGCUCAAGUUACUUGGUACAAAGGAAAAACGAAACUCGAGGACGGUGAUAUAUAUGGAAUCUCUAAGGACAUGUCUGGAGUCUGUAGAUUAACAAUUAAAAAUGCUAAGUUAGAAGAUAGUGGUGAAUAUUGUUGUAAAAUUAGUAAGCAAACGGAAAAGACAGAAACAACUCUUACUAUUGUUGAAUACCCAUACAAGUUCGUUAAAGUACUGAAACAUCAACAAGCAGUAGAGAAAGAAACUCUUACAUUGCUUUGUGAGCUCGAUGAUGCUGCUGGUGACGUUAAGUGGUUCAAAGGUGAUCAAGAGAUCACAGGAGAUAAAAGGGUUCAAAUUAAAGAAGACGGUCGCAAACGAAAGCUCAUUAUCAAAGAUGCAAAAGUUACAGACGCUGGAAUGUAUUCUUGUGUCAGCAAUGCUGAUAAAACUGAAGCUGAAAUCACUGUCAAUUACUUGAAUCGUUUCAACAAGAAACUCAAAGACACUACUGGAAUAGAACGAGAGAAGCUUGUUCUCGAUGUAGAGCUUCAAGACCAAACAGCUCCAGCUGAGUGGACAUUCAAUGGCAAACCAAUCGAACCCAAUGAUAGGAUUGAAAUAAAAAAUCUUGGAGGUGGUAAACACCAAUUAGUUUUCAAUAAAUUAGAAAUGAGUGAUGAGGGUGAAAUUACUUGUAAGAGUGGAGAGCUCACAAGCAGUUGCAAACUCUCUGUGAGAAAAGGUGAAAGUAAACCAAUACCGGAAAUUCCCGAUAAAGUGGAAGGUCCUUGUUCAGCGCCUAUUGUCUUUAUAAUUCCAUUCAAAAUUGAAGGCACUAAACAAACUCCCAUUGAAGCUAAGUUAAUGAAAGACGGUAAAGCAUUGCCUUUGAAAGAUGUUGAGAUUAUCGUGGGUGAGGAUAAAAUUACUUAUAAAUACAAGAAACCUCAACGAGCUUUGUCCGGCAUUUAUCAAGUUGCCAUUAGCAAUGCUCAAGGAGAAGAAGUUAAAGAUGUUAACAUUAUCAUGCAAGAUGUUCCAACAGCUCCACGAGAUGUUGAUGUAACUGAUGUCUUUGCAACAUCUUGUGUUGUAUCAUUCAAACCAUCAGAAGAUGAUGGAGGCGCUCCUAUCACCAAAUAUGUUAUUGAACGUUUGGACAUGAGUUUAAAGAAUCAAUGGGAUAGUGUUGGUGAAGUAAUGCCAGGAGAGAAAUGCUCAUAUAAAGUAGAAGAUCUUAAAACGAAAAAAGAAUACAAAUUCCGUAUUCGCGCAGUUAAUAAAAUUGGAACAAGUGAACCUGCGAUGUUUGGUAAGCCGAUUCUCGCUAAAGAUCCAUGGGAUGAACCUGGUAAACCUGAAAAUGUUGAAGUCACUGACUGGGAUGUGGAUCAUGCAGAUUUGAAAUGGACCAAACCAGAAAGCGAUGGAGGUGCUCCAAUCACUGGUUAUGUUAUUGAAUAUAAAGAAAAGUUUGGAAAAGAAUGGGUGAAAGGAAAAGAAAUUGAUGGUGAUGUUACAUCUGGUACUAUUGAUGGCUUAAAAGAAGGAACUCAAUAUGAAUUUAGAAUUCGUGCAGUUAAUAAAGCAGGACCUGGAGAACCUUCCGAUGCAACUAAACCUAUUAUAGCUAAAUGCCGAUUCGUCAAGCCUUUUAUUAUUGGCGAUCAACUGACCAAUUUAGUUGUGAAAAAAGGUCAAGUUAUCAAAUAUGAUAUUAAAUAUGGUGGUGAACCAGAGCCUGAGGUACAUUGGUUCCUGGGAUCAAAAGAAUUAGCUCAAGAUGCUGCUGAGCGAAUAACGAUCGAUAAAUAUGAAAGAAAUACUGUGAUUACAAUACGUAAAACUGUUCGUGCAGAUUCUGGGAAAUAUAAAUUGGUUCUCAAUAAUAGUUCAGGCGAAUGUGAAAGCUCUGCUGAUGUUGUAGUGCUUGAUAAACCAACCGCACCUCUUGGUCCAUUAGUUACAGAAGAAGUACGAGCAGAUCAUAUCACUGUUAAAUGGAAGAAACCCAAAGACGAUGGUGGUUCUGAAAUUACUGGAUACACUUUGGAGAAAAUGGAUAUGGAUACAGGUCGUUGGGUUCCUGCUGGUGAAGUUGGACCUAAUCAAGAUAGCUUCACAUUUUCAGGCCUUACACCUAAUAAAAAAUACAAGCUUCGUGUAAAAGCUACAAAUAAAGAAGGUGAAUCUGAGCCUUUGGUAACAGACGAAGCCAUAUUAGCGAAGAAUCCCUAUGACGAACCUGAUAAACCAGGCAAACCUGAAAUCUUCGAUUACGAUAAUAUGAGUGUAUCCUUACGAUGGGCAAAACCAGAAAAAGAUGGUGGUAGACCUAUUACUCAUUAUGUCAUUGAAAUGAAGGACAAAUUCGCUCCAGAUUGGCUAGAAGUAAUGAAAACAACAGAUGCAACUCCUGAAGCAAAGGUUGAAGGAUUGAAAGAAAAAAUGGUGUAUCAAUUUAGAGUUCGAGCAGUAAACAAAGCUGGACCUUCACAACCUAGUGAACCAACGGACAAUCAUAUAUGUAAACACAGAAAUUUGAAACCAAGGAUAGAUCGUACCAACUUGAAAUCAGUUGUUAUCAAAGCUGGUCGUACUCAUAAGUGGUCAGUUGAUAUUAUUGGUGAACCUCCACCAAGAACUAAUUGGAUCUGGAGAGAUAAUAUUCCUCUCACUACAACAGAGCGUAUAAAAAUUGAUGAUGUAGAAUAUCAUACUGAUUUUACAAUUGUAAAUGCAGUACGUAAAGAUAGUGGAAAAUACACAUUGGUAGCAGAAAACGUUAAUGGCAGAGAUGAAGAAACUGUUGAACUCACAGUUCUUGGUAAACCUGAUGCACCUGGUGGACCACUAGUGGUUACUGACGUUACCAAUCAAACGGCCAAAGUCAAAUGGCAGAAACCCGAAGACGAUGGCGGUGUUCCUAUUCAGGAAUAUGAAAUUGAAAGGAUGGACACCAAAACAGGCAAAUGGGUCCGAUGUGGAAAAGUACCAGGAAAUUCACCUAACAUGGAAUUUGAAAUUACUGGUCUCAAUCCUGGCAAUGAAUACAUGUUCCGAGUUACUGCAGUUAAUGAUGAAGGUGACUCUGAACCAUUGAUGAGCGAGAAACCGAUUAUAGCUAAGAAUCCAUUCGAUGAACCUCAUGCCCCAGGAACUCCAUUAAUUACUGAUUAUGAUAAUGAGUCUGUUAGUAUUAAAUGGACAGCUCCAGACUUUGAUGGUGGUGCUCCAAUUGAGAAAUACAUCAUCGAGAAGAAGGAUAGAUAUAAGCCGGAUUGGGAAAAGGCUAUGGAAGUUCCAGCCACUGGGGAAUUAGCAGCUAAAGUUAUGGGUUUGAAAGAUAGAGCGGAAUAUCAGUUUAGAGUUAUUGCUGUUAACAAAGCUGGACCUUCUCCACCAUCUGAUGCUUCUAAGAUGCAAAUGGUCAAACAUAAAGCACUGAAACCAAGAAUUGAUCGAACCAAUUUGAAGCCUAUCGUUGUAAGAGCGGGCAAGCCUAUUAAAUAUGACAUCGAUGUUCAAGGCGAACCACCUCCAGAGAUAACAUGGUAUCACAAAGAUGAACUAGUGAAGUCUGGUGGAGCCAUUGAAAUUGUUAAUAUUGACUACAAUACUAAGUUAAGCAUAACAGAUACCAUUCGAAAACAUACAGGUGUAUGGAAGAUAAAAGCUGUCAAUGCUUCUGGAGAAGAUGAAGCUGAAGUUGAAGUUACAAUACUAUCGGCUCCUGGUCAACCGAAAGGUCCUCUAAAGGUAUCAGACGUAACAAAGAAUGGCUGUAAAUUAAAAUGGGAAAAACCUGAAGAUGAUGGUGGUAAACCAAUCACUGGUUACCAAGUUGAGAAACUCGAUAAAACGACUGGUCGAUGGGUACCAGUUGGUCGUACUAAUGACACCGAAAUGGACGUAAAAGGUCUAACAGAAGGACACGAAUAUGAGUUCCGUGUAAAAGCUCUAAAUGAAGAAGGAGAAUCUGAACCACUUAAUACAUCUGGUGGAAUUGUGGCAAAAAAUCCUUUCGACGUUGCUGGCAGACCUGGUGUACCAGAAUUCGAAGACUGGGAUGUUGAUAGAGUAGAUUUGAAAUGGACUCCACCUAAAAGCGAUGGAGGUGCUCCUAUUACAGGUUAUAUCAUUGAGAAAAAAGAGAAAUUCUCAAGUCAUUGGGAAGAAGCAAUUGAAACUACUUCUUCAGAGCCAAAAGGGCGUGUUACCGGACUGAAAAAAGGAUCUACUUAUCAAUUUCGCGUGCGAGCUGUAAAUAAAGCUGGACCAUCAGAACCUAGUGAUCCUACUAAACCACACAUAGCUAAAGCUCGCUACCUUAAACCUCAUAUCAAUCGAGACAAAUUACAGAUGGUUAAAGUAAGAGCUGGUCAACAUGUGAAGCUCGAAGUAGAUGUUGAAGGUGAACCUCCUCCAACAAUUACAUGGUCUCGAGGUAGUACUGUUCUUGAAAAUGUUCCAAAUUUGAAAAUUGAAAAUGAAGAUUACUUGACCAAAUUCAAUAUGUCUCACACCAGUCGUAAAGACACUGCCAAAUACACCAUCACAGCUGUUAAUGACUCAGGUCGUGAUGAAGCUGAAGUUGAAAUAAUAAUUCUAGAUAAGCCUGAUAAACCAGAAGGGCCUCUAGAGGUUGUAGAUGUUCACAAAGAAGGUUGUAAACUUAAAUGGAAGAAACCAAAAGAUGAUGGUGGUUUACCUUUGUCUAGUUACAUCAUUGAAAAGAUGGAUCUUACAUCUGGUCGAUGGGUUCCUGCUGGUAUUGUUGAUCCAGAAAAAACGGAACAUGCCCUUACUGGUUUAGAGCCUGGACAUAAAUACGAAUUUAGAGUAAAGGCUGUCAAUGAAGAAGGAGAAUCUGAACCAUUGGCAACUGAUACUGCAAUUGUUGCUAAAAAUCCUUAUGAUCCACCUGCAGCUCCUGGUCUUCCAGAAAUUAUUGACUGGACUGAAAAUUCAGUAACGCUCAAAUGGGAACCUCCAAUAAGAGAUGGUGGUGCUCCUAUCACUGGAUAUAUCAUUGAAAUGAAAGAAAGGUUUGGAACGAGUUUUGUAAAAGCUGCUGAAACCAGUGGACCUAAAUGUGAAGGCUUUGUACCAAGACUAGUAGAAGGAAAUCAAUAUCAAUUCAGAGUACGUGCUGUUAAUAAAGCAGGACCUAGUGAACCCAGUGAAGCUACUAAUCCACAUACUGCGAAACCUCGAUGGUUGAAACCACACAUUGAUAGAACUAAUCUUCAACCUAUGACGGUUAAAGUGGGUCUUACUAUUAGUUUAGAUGUUAAUAUUAUUGGUGAACCACCUCCAAAUGUCACUUGGUAUUAUAAUGAUUCUGAGUUAAAAACUAAUGAUAUCUAUCGUAUUGAUAAUAUUGAUUAUAACUCUAAAUUCUUCGUUUUGAAAGCAAAACGAGAACAUACAGGAAGGUACAAAAUUAGAGCUAAGAAUGAAGUUGGUGAGGACGAAGCUGAAAUUGAAAUUACAGUUCUUGGUAAACCAACCAAACCUAAAGGUCCUCUUAGUGUAACUGAUGUUACUAAACACGGUUGUAAACUUAAAUGGAAGAGACCAGAAGACGAUGGUGGCUCACCAAUUGAGUAUUAUGAAAUUGAAAAAUUAGAUCCACUUUCAGGUGCUUGGGUACCAUGUGCAAGAUCAACUGAACCAGAAGCAAAUAUCACGGGUCUUUUAGAGGGCAAACCUUACAAAUUCCGUGUUAAAGCCGUUAAUAAAGAAGGUGAAUCAGAAGAGCUUGAAGCUGACAAAUCAAUCAUUGCCAAAAAUCCAUUUAAUGAACCAGGUAAACCUGGACGCCCAGAACUUAAAGACUGGGAUAAAGACUUUGUUGAUCUUUCAUGGAAAGCUCCAGAAGAUGAUGGUGGUGCAAUUAUUGAAAAAUAUAUCGUUCAAAUGCGUGAUAAGGAUGGACGACAGUGGGUUGAUGCGGCAAUGGUUGUCGGAGACCGUACAAAUGCCAAAGUUACUGAAGGUAUUGAACCGGGACAUGAAUAUGAAUUCCGAGUUGUUGCAGUUAAUAGAGCAGGACCUAGUGAACCUAGUGAUGUAUCAAAGAGUGUUGUUGCUAAACCUCGAUUCUUGGCUCCUCGCAUCGAUCGCAAAAAUCUUACGAAAAAGACACUUCGUAUUGGACAAAUGCUUAGGCUCGAAGCUGAUAUUAAAGGUGAACCUCCUCCAGCAGUAACAUGGAAAUACAAAGAUGCCAUAAUUAAGAGUAUGGAUAGAUUAAAAAUCGAUAAUGAAGAAUAUCAUACUCUAUUUAUUUUAAACAAACUGAAGAGAUCUGAUACGGGAACAUAUACGGUCAUUGCCACAAAUGAAAGUGGUACUGAUCAAGUAGACAUCGAAUUAGUUGUCUUGAGCAAACCAACAAAGCCUAAAGGACCUUUAGAUGUAUCAGACGUUACUGCAGAUGGAUGUAAACUCAAGUGGAAUCCUCCUGCUGAUGAUGGUGGUGAGCCCAUUGAUCAUUAUGUUGUUGAACGUAUGGAUGUUGACACAGGAAGAUGGGUACCAUGUGCCACAAGUAAAACACCAGAAGCUGAAAUAAGUGGACUGAAUGAGGGAAAAGAUUACAUGUUCCGAGUGAAAGCUGUCAAUGCUGAAGGUGAUUCAGAGCCUUUAGAAACAGAUCUGCCAAUUACUGCGAAAAAUCCAUUCAAAGAACCCGAUGCUCCAGGAAAACCAGAACUCAGAGAUUGGAGCAAACGACACGUGGACCUUAAAUGGACAGCGCCUAAACGGGAUGGUGGUGCACCUAUUGAAAAAUAUAUUAUUGAAAAGAAAGAUGCGUAUGGAAAAUGGCAAAAGGCAGCAGAGGUACCUGGAAAUCAAACUCGUGGAACUGUUGAAGAUCUUACAGAAGGACAAAAGUAUCAAUUUAGGAUAAAAGCAGUUAAUAAAGGUGGUGUGAGUCAACCCAGUGAUCCUAGUGAUAUUCUUACUGCCAAAGACCGAUAUGCUGCUCCUAGAAUUGAUAGAACGAAUCUUAGAGAUCUCACAAUUAGAGCCGGCAAUCAUAUUCGACUCGACGUUAAAAUUAGUGGUGAACCUCCACCAACUAAGGUUUGGUAUCACAAUAAAGUUAAACAAGAAGAAGGCGAUAAUUUAACCAUUGAAAUUGAUGAUUACCGCACUAAAUUCAUGGUACCUUCCGCCACUAGAGCUCAUUGCGGCACAUUAACCAUCAAAGCUGAAAAUGAUUCAGGAAGAGAUGAAGCUUCCAUUGAAAUAAUAGUUCUUGAUAAGCCUGCUAAACCUGAAGGACCACUUAAGGUUAGUGAUGUCCACAAAGAAGGAUGUAACCUUAAAUGGAAUCCACCACUAGAUGAUGGAGGUGUUCCUAUUGAACAUUAUGUUGUUGAAAAAAUGGAUACUGAAACUGGUAGAUGGGUACCAGUUGGUCGAACAAAAGAGCCUAACUUUGAAGUUGAAAAUCUUGUUCCUGGUCAAGAAUAUAAAUUCCGCGUAGCUGCAGUCAAUGCUGAAGGAGAGUCGGAACCAUUGGUGACUGAUCACUCAAUCGUGGCCAAAAAUCCAUUCGACGAGCCAGGUGCACCAGGCCGACCAGAAGCAACCGACUGGGACAAGGAUCACGUAGAUUUAAGAUGGACUCCACCGUUAGUUGACGGUGGAUCUCCAAUCACAGGUUACGUGAUUGAAAAACGUGAAAAAGGCUCACAGAAGUGGGUUAAAGCUUGUGAGACCAUUGGACCUGAAUGUAAAGGACGCGCAGAGAAUCUUGAUGAAGGUAUCGAAUAUGAAUUCCGUGUCAGAGCAGUUAAUGCUGCUGGUCCUGGUGAACCAUCUGAUGCUAGUAAAUCAAUUGUCGCUAAAAGUCGACGAGUACCACCGAAGAUUGAUCGUAGAAAUCUUCGAGAUGUUGAAAUCCGUGAGGGUGAACGUUUCCACUUCGACGUGAAAGUUAUUGGUGAGCCUCCUCCAGACGUUACAUGGGUGAUCAAUGACAAGAGUAUUCACAUAACAACUCAUCGUAGAGUUGUAAACGAACCAAACAACACAAAAUUCUUUAAUGAUAAAGCUGAGCGUAAAGAUACUGGAAUUUAUAAAAUUACAGCUGUUAAUCAGUAUGGAAGUGAUACAGCUGAAGUUGAAGUCAAUGUUAUUUCAAAACCAGGAAAACCAGAAGGACCCCUCGAUGUAUCCGAUAUCCAUAAAGAUGGUUGUACACUGAAGUGGAGAAAACCAAAAGACGAUGGCGGAGAACCAAUCGAAGGUUAUCUUGUAGAAAAAUAUGACCCAGAAACUGGUGUAUGGUUGCCAAUUGGCAAAUGUCCGGGUACUGAGAUGAAAGUUGAAGGUCUCACUCCAGGCCAUGAAUACAAAUUCCGAGUUAAGGCAAUUAAUGCUGAAGGAGAAUCUGAACCUUUGGAGACUUAUGGAUCCAUCAUAGCUAAAGAUCCAUUUACCGUACCAUCACCUCCUGGAGCCCCAGAACCAAGUGAUUGGUCAGCUAAUACAGUUGAUCUUACCUGGAGAGAACCAUUCUCAAAUGGAGGUUCUCCAAUCACUGGCUAUAUUAUUGAAAAGAAGGAUAAAUACAGCACAAUGUGGGAGAAAGCUUUAGAAUUAACUGUACCUCAGUGUGAAGCUCACAUUACUGGAUUAAUUGAAGGCAACGAAUAUGUAUUCAGGGUAAUUGCUGUGAAUAAAGCUGGUCAAUCAGAACCAGGAGAUACCAGCAAGACAUUCCUGGCUAAACCACGAUUCCUUGCUCCAAAGAUCGACAGAAGACAUCUUCGAGAUGUUACAUUAUCUGCAGGCUCAACACUUAAAUUUGAUGCCAAUAUUACUGGUGAACCAGCACCUCAUGUUGAUUGGCGUUGUGGAUCAAUGCCCGUAGUUCCAGGAAAGACUGUAAUCAUUGAGAAUCCACCUUACAGUACUAAAUUAGUUAUUCGUCCAGUUGCUAGAGGCAAUAGCGGUGAAUAUGUCGUUACUGCUACCAAUACAUCAGGCAAAGAUAGUGUUACUAUCAACGUAAUUGUCACUGACAAACCUACACCGCCUGAAGGUCCUCUAGAAAUUUCCGAUAUUCACAAAGAAGGAUGUAAACUUAAAUGGAAGAGGCCACUUGAUGAUGGUGGUACUCCUGUUGAAUAUUAUCAAGUCGAGAAGAUGGAUUCUGAAACUGGAUGUUGGGUGCCAUGUGGACGAUCUACUGAACCUCAAAUGGAUGUAACUGGUUUAACUCCUGGAAAAGAAUAUAAAUUCCGUGUCGCAGCAGUUAAUGCAGAAGGAGAAUCUGAACCAUUAACAGCUGAAGAAACAAUUAUUGCUAAAAAUCCAUUUGAUGAGCCAGGAAAACCCGGAAAUCUUAAAGCUACCGAUUGGGAUAAAGAUCAUGUUGAUCUUGAAUGGAAACCACCAACUGAAGAUGGUGGAUCUCCAAUUACUGGUUAUAUUAUCGAAAAGAAAGACAAAUAUGGUGACUGGGAAAAAGCUGUUGAAGUUCCUGCAGAUGUUACAUUUGCCACUGUUCCAGAUUUAAUUGAAGGACAACCAUACGAAUUCCGCGUUCGUGCAGUUAAUCAAGCAGGACCUGGUGAACCAUCAGAUCCAACUCCAACGAUCAUUGCUAAACCAAGAAAUCAACCACCACAUAUUGAUCGUACAAAUCUCGAAGAUAUUAGAAUCAAAGCUGGACAAAACUUCAGCUUUGAUGUUAAAGUUUCUGGUGAACCUCCUCCAACAACAACAUGGCAAUUUGCUGGUAGAGAUAUGAGAUCUUCAGAUAAGAUCAAAAUGAAGCAUGUUGAUUAUGCUACCAGUCUCCAUGUUAGAAUGGCAACUAGAGCAGACUCUGGAAGAUAUACAAUUACAGCACGUAAUGAAAGUGGUACAGAUUCUGCUUCGGUGAAGGUAACAGUCAUAGACAAACCUGGAGCACCAGAAGGACCUCUUCGAGCUACAGAUAUUCAUGCUGAAGGCUGUAAAUUGAAUUGGAAUCCUCCAGAAGACGAUGGUGGACAACCAAUCGAAUGUUACAUAGUGGAAAAAAUGGAUGAUGCUACUGGACGAUGGGUACCAGCUGGUCAAACAGAUGGACCCGAAACUAGUUUAGAAGUUGAUGGCUUAACACCUGGACAUAAAUAUAAAUUCCGAGUGCGUGCUGUCAAUAAACAAGGCAAAUCAGAGCCAUUGACGAUGUCACAAAAUAUCGAAGCUAAAAAUCCAUUCGAUGAACCCGGCAAACCUGGUACUCCAAGUAUUACUGAUUUCGACAGAGACUUUGUUGAACUUUCAUGGGCUCGUCCAGUCGAAGAUGGAGGUUCUCCAAUCACUGGGUAUAUUAUUGAAAAAAGAGACAAAUAUAAUCCAAAUUGGGAAGAGUGUGCUAAAGUUGAAGGAGAUAUUACUCGUGGUCGAGUUCCAGAUCUCAUUGAAGGAACUCCAUAUGAAUUCCGUAUUCGUGCAGUCAAUAAAGGUGGUGCUGGAGAACCAUCUGAUGCUACUAGACCACACGUAGCACGACCUAAAAACUUGGCACCUAAAAUUGACCGUAAAUACAUGUUGGAUGUUAAAGUCAAGGCUGGAGCAUUCUUCGAUUUUGAUGUUCCUGUUAUUGGUGAGCCUCCUCCAAGCAAAGAAUGGAACUUGAAGGGUAACAUUAUUAGCAAUGACGACCGUAUAAAGAUAACAAAUACAGAUUACAAUACUAAAGUGAGAUUCUUGGAUGCCAAACGCUCAGAUUCAGGAACUUACACUUUAACUGUUAAGAACGUCAAUGGUACAGACAGUGCUACUUUGAAUGUAGUUGUCAUGGAUAUACCAUCACCACCUGAAGGACCUUUACAAGUAUUUGAUGUUACAAGACAUGGUUGCACACUCACCUGGAAAGUACCUCGAGAUGACGGUGGUUGUGAGAUCUUGCACUAUGCUAUUGAGAAGAUGGAUUCAGAGAGUAUGCGAUGGGUUCCUGUCGCAGAAUCUGAAAUAACAACAUGUAAAGUAGAUCAUCUCAUAGAAGGCCAUGAUUAUACUUUCCGUGUACGUGCAGUAAAUAAAAUUGGAGAAUCUUUACCACUUACCGGAGUAGAUGAAAUUACUGCCAAAGAUCCAUUUGGAAAACCAGACAAACCUGGUCAACCUAUUGCUACUGACUGGGACAAAGAUCACGUUGAUCUUGAAUGGACACCACCUAAAAAAGAUGGAGGAUCACCUAUCACUGGUUAUAUUAUUGAAAAACGACCGAGAUUUGGACAAUGGGAAAAAGCAGUUGAAAUUCCUGGCGGAAAGAUUUGCAAAGGAACAGUUCCAGAUUUGACUGAAGGUCAAGAAUAUGAAUUCAGAGUUAUUGCUGUUAAUAAGGGCGGACCUGGUGAACCAUCAGAAGCAUCAGCACCGGUUAUCGCUAAACCACGCUUCCAAGCACCGACAUUCGAUAAAUUAUUGAUGAAAGAUUUAACUGUUCGUGCUGGUCAAAAAAUUAGCUGGGAUCUUCCUAUUGAAGCAUCACCAAAACCAACUGCUUAUUGGAAGUUGAAUGAUACACCUAUUGAAGCUGAUGCUCGUCAUGAAAUCUUCACAACAACGACAAAUACAACAUUUGAAAUACCAUUCUCAGUACGCAGUGAUGCUGGAAGAUAUACUUUAACUCUGGUAAAUGAUGUUGGAAAAAUAACUGCGAGUGCAUUCGUCACAGUAUUGGAUAGACCUUCACCACCAGUAAAACCGUUCGUUGUCAGUAACGUAACUAAAGAUAGUUGUCAUCUAUCAUGGCAAACACCACUUGAUGACGGUGGUAGUCCAAUUCUUCAUUAUGUUAUUGAAAAGAUGGAUGUAUCCAGAGGCACAUGGUCUGAUGCAGGCAUGGCAAUGACUCUCAACCAUGAAGUUUAUCGUUUGACUCAUAAGAAAGAAUAUUACUUCCGUGUUAAGGCUGUAAAUAACAUUGGAGAGUCUGAUCCUCUAGAAACCACAAGAAGUAUUGUGGCAAAGAAUGAAUUCGAUGAACCUGAUGCACCUGGUAAACCUAAAAUCACAGAUUGGGAUAAAGAUCAUGUUGACCUCACUUGGCCAGCACCAGAGAAUGAUGGUGGAUCACCGAUUAGUGAAUACAUUAUCCAAAAGAAAGAAAAAGGAAGUCCAUAUUGGAUUAAUGCAGCUCAUGUUCCUUCUGGAAAAACAGCUGCAACUGUUCCUGAUUUGAGCGAAGGACAGGAAUAUGAAUUCAGAGUUAUUGCUGUAAAUGCAGCAGGACAAUCAGAACCAUCUGAACCAAGUGAUGCCGUUAUUGCCAAGAGUCGAUUCUUAGCACCAAAGAUCAAAACUCCACUCGAAGAUAUUAGAAUUAAAGCUGGUCUUGUAUUCCAUGUUGAUGUAAACUUUAUUGGAGAACCUGCUCCAGAUGUCACAUGGACAGUUGGAAAUAAACCUUUACAAACAAAUGAAAGAACGACUGUUACAUCUAUUGGAUAUCAUACAAUUAUUCAUACAGUUAAUGCUAAAAGAUCUGAUUCUGGUCGUUAUCAUUUAUCUCUGAAGAAUGAUAGUGGAGCUGACGAAGGUAGUUUUAAUCUUAUCGUUCUUGAUAGACCAGGUCCACCUGAAGCACCAUUAGAAUACGAAGAAAUUACUAGUCAGUCUGUUACUCUAUCAUGGAAAGCACCUAAAGACAAUGGUGGUAGUGAAAUAACUGGAUAUGUUAUUGAAAAACGAGACCUUACCCAUGGUGGUGGCUGGGUACCUGCUGUUAAUUAUGUCAAUCCAACACAAACCUAUGCCACAGUACCUCGUCUUACUGAAGGAACAAAAUACGAAUUUAGAGUCUCUGCGGAGAAUCUACAAGGACGUUCAGAUCCACUACAAACUACGCGUGCUAUUGUUGCCAAGAAUCAAUUCGUCGUUCCAGGCCAACCUGGUAAGCCUGAGUGUCUUGAUGCAAGCAAAGAUCAUAUUAAAAUUAAAUGGACACCGCCAAUUAGCAAUGGAGGAUCACAAAUCCUUGGAUAUGAAAUCGAACGACGUGAUCGUGCAACCGGUCGCUGGAUAAGACUAAAUAAAGAAUUAGUUAAAGGGCCAGACUAUCUUGAUGAACAUGUAGCUGAAGGUCAUCAAUAUGAAUACAGAGUAUCAGCAGUGAAUGCAGCUGGAGCUGGUAAACCUAGUGAUACAUCCAAUGUCUUUACAGCAAGACCAAUGAAAGAGAAACCCAAGCUUCAUCUCGAUGCUCUUCUUAGUCGUAAGAUUAAAGUUAGAGCUGGAGAACCAAUUCAUGUUGAUAUACCAAUAUCUGGUGCACCUAUUCCAAGAGUAUCUUGGCUUAAAGAUGGCAAUAAACUUGCAGAUAAUUACCGCAUUUCUACAGAAACGAAGAGCGAGCAUACUGUACUUCUUAUUCAGAAGUCUAUACGUGAAGAUGCUGGACAUUAUACUGUUACAGCAACGAAUGAAUUCGGAGAAGAUAUGGCUGAUAUUCAAGUAAUUGUAGUAGACAAACCUGAACCUCCGAAAGGACCUCUCCUCUACUCAGGAACCAACCACGAAUCCGUUUCUCUUUCAUGGAGUCCACCUGACGACAAUGGUGGUGCUGAAAUCACCAACUACAUUGUUGAAAUUUGUGACUUUGGAAUGGAUAACUGGCGUCAAGUACCUGGGUAUUGUCCAUUAUGUCACUUUACUGCUCGUGGACUUCAAGAAGGAAGACGUUACAUAUUUAGAGUUCGUGCUGAGAAUCUUUAUGGAGUUUCUGAGCCACUUGAUGGUAAACCAGUUUGUGCUAAGAGUCCAUUCGAUCCACCUGGUCCACCUAGUCAACCAGAGAUUCUUGGAUACACACCAAACACCUGUACACUUACAUGGAAUCCACCAGAGGUUACUGGUGGCAAACCAAUUACUGGAUAUUAUGUUGAGAAACGUGAACGUGGUGGUGAAUGGCUUAAAGUCAAUAAUUACGCAACACCAAAUACUACAUUCUCAGUUCAAGAUCUCCAUGAAGGCGGUCGAUAUGAAUUUAGAGUUAUUGCUGUCAAUGAAGCAGGACCUGGUGAUCCAAGUAGAGCCACAGAGCCAAUAGUCGCUGGACACCAACGAUUGAAACCAGAUGCACCUGAACCUCCUAAAGCUGAUAGAAUUACCAAAGACUCAGUUACUCUAUCAUGGCGUCCACCUAGAAAUGACGGUGGUGCUAAAAUUCGUGGAUACUUCAUUCAAUCUAAGAAGAAGGACGAAGAUGAUUGGUCUGAUGUUAAUGGAGCACCAAUCACUGGUACUAUUUAUACUGUACCUAAGUUGAAGUUAGGUGACGAAUACCAAUUCCGUGUUAUUGCCAUGAAUGAUGUUGGUAAGAGUAAUCCAAGUCGUCCAAGCAAUCCUAUUGUCAUUGAAGAACAACCUAACAAACCAAUUAUGGAUCUUGGAGGUGUUCGGGAUAUUACUGUACGUGCUGGAGAAGAUUUCUCCAUUCAUGUACCAUAUGUUGGAUUCCCCAAACCAAUGGCAAGCUGGUUUGCUAAUGAUGUUAUCCUAGAUGAGACUGACAGAAGAGUACAUCAACAAUUAGGCGAUGAUUACGCUAGUAUUGUUGUGAAAAAUUCAAAACGCAGCGAUGGAGGUCAAUACCGCCUUCAACUUCGUAAUUCUUCUGGAUUCGACACUGCUACAAUCAAUGUUCGAGUUCUCGAUCGUCCAAGUCCACCUCAGAACCUCAGAGCUGAUGAAUUUGCUGGAGAUGCACUCACUCUGUUCUGGAAUCCACCUAAAGACAACGGUGGUGCUGAUAUUACCAAUUAUGUGAUUGAAAAACGAGAAGGAAAAGCACAAUCAUGGAUGAAAAUUAGUGGAUAUGUUACUGCACCUUUCGUACGUGUACGUAAUCUAAAUGUUGGUCAAGAAUAUGAAUUCCGAGUCAUGGCAGAAAAUCAAUACGGAACAUCUGAUCCUGCUGAAACUAAAGAACCAAUCAAAGCUAGAUAUCCAUUUGAUCCACCAACUGCUCCUGGAGCACCAACAAGUGUUGAAACAUCUGAAGACAGCAUUACAAUCACUUGGACUAAACCACGAAGUGAUGGAGGAUCUCCAAUCACUGGAUAUAUUGUCGAGAAACGUAUGAUAAGCGAAGAUAAAUGGAUUAAAGCAACUCCAGCCCGCAUUCCAGAUACAACAUACAAAGUAGGAGGAUUAAUUGAAAAUCAUGAUUAUGAGUUCCGUGUUGCUGCAAUUAAUGCUGCUGGCCAAAGUCCAUGGAGUUCAAGCUCAGACGCUAUUCGCGCAAGUGCACCAACAUUCGCACCAAAGAUUACAAGUGAUUUAAGCAUUCGUGAUAUGACUGUGAUUGCUGGAGAGCCAUUUACAAUCACAGUUCCAUACACUGCCAAUCCUAAGCCUAAGCCAAGUUGGUCUAUCAACGGUGAAGAGGUGUAUACAGAUGAUAGAAUUAAAUUCGAGACGAAUGAAAUUGCUUCUAAAUUCGUUAACAGAAAAGCAAAGAGAAGUGACACUGGUAAUUACACUAUUCAUCUUGCAAACAGUGUUGGCACAGAUUCAGCAUCUUGCAAAGUUUUGGUUGUUGACAAACCAUCACAUCCACAAGGUCCUCUCGAUAUAUCUGAUAUCACGCCAGAAACAUGUACUUUAGCAUGGAAACCGCCAUUUGACGAUGGUGGUUCACCAGUCACCAAUUAUAUCGUAGAAAAAUUAGAUCCAGGUGAUUACUGGGUUAAAGUUUGCAGUUUUGUACGUAAUACUCACUAUGAUGUAAUUGGUUUGGAGCCUAACAAAAAAUACAAUUUCCGAGUACGUGCAGAAAAUCAAUAUGGUGUAUCUGAACCGCUUGUGGGUGAUGAACCAAUUAUGGCUAAAUUUCCCUUCAAUGUACCGGAACCACCAGGCCAACCUCGAGUUAUCGAUUGGGAUGUGGACAGUAUUACAAUAUCUUGGGACAAACCAGUAUCCGAUGGAGGCUCACGCAUUCAAGGAUACAAAGUCGAGUUCCGCGAUCCCACGGAUGAUGCUCGAUGGCGCGUGGCUAAUGAUUAUUUGGUCAAAGAUACACAUUAUAUCUGCUAUGGUCUUGCUCGUGGUCACGAGUAUGAAUUUAAAGUACGUGCUAAAAAUGCUGCAGGUUUCAGCAAACCUAGUCCACCAUCAAUUAUCUUCAAACUUCGUAGUAAAUUCAAUGUUCCAUCGCCACCUGGUACUCCUCAGGUUAUCAAAGUCGGCAAAAACUACGUUGAUCUCAGGUGGGAAGCACCAACUUCAGAUGGAGGAAGUCGAAUUACUGGCUACAUUAUUGAAAAACGUGAAAUUGGUUCAGCUAUUUGGCUCAAAUGCAAUGAUUACAAUGUUACAGACUUGGAAUAUACAGUAAUGCAUCUUAUUGAACGUGGAGAUUAUGAAUUUAGAGUAUUUGCAGUUAAUGCUGCUGGAAAAUCUGAACCAAGCUCAUGUACAACACCUGUUAAAGUUUGCGAAGUAGAAGGUGGUGAGAAACCUGAAUUUAUUCGUUCUCUACCAAUUAGUCAAGGUGUACCACUUGGAAAAACUUAUGUUCUUGAAUGCCAAGCAACUGGUAAACCAUUGCCAACACCAAGAUGGCUUAGAAAUGGAAGAGAAAUCACAAUGGGCGGUCGAUUUAGCUGUGAAACUAGAGAUGAUGGUCUUUUCAGACUUAUUAUUUCAGAAGUUUGGGAAGCUGAUAGUGGAGACUACAGCUGUCAAGCAUCAAAUCCUCUUGGCAUUGCUACUACAACUAUGAGAUUGAAGAUUGGUACUCCACCAAGAAUCGAGCGUAUGCCUAGUGAACUUUAUCUACCUGAAAAAGAUAAUACUAAGAUUAAGAUCUUCUACAGUGGUGAUCAGCCAAUGGAGAUCACUUUGAAGAAAGAUGGCCAUAAGAUUGUGGAAUCAACUCACAUUAAAUACACCGUAUUUGAUGAACACUUAAUUAUCUUCAUUAAAGAUAUUAACAAAGAAGAUGAAGGAAUUUAUGAAUUGUCUAUCAGCAAUGACAGUGGCAGUGUAAGUGGAUCAUUCACAGCAUACAUUACUGGACCACCUGGACCACCAGUUGGACCUUUGGAAGUGUCUGAGAUUGAUAAACAUACUUGCUCACUAUCCUGGCAUCCACCAAAGACUGAUGGAGGUCUUCGAGUCACUCACUAUGUUGUAGAACGUCGUGAAUUAAUCCAAGGAGUGUGGUUAACUAUCUCAAGCUUUGUGAAAGACACCAGCUUCUUCGUUCAAGGAUUAACAGAAGGCCAUGAAUAUCUAUUCAGAGUAAUGGCUGUAAACGAUAAUGGAAUGGGACCACCACUAGAAGGCACGAAUCCCAUCAAAGCUAAAGCUCCAUUCGAUCCUCCUGGUCCACCUGGAACUCCUAAAGUUCUUGAAAUUGGCGGAGACUUUGUCAAUCUUUCCUGGGAUAAACCAGAAUAUGAUGGAGGUGCAAGAGUACAAGGUUAUUGGAUUGAUAAACGUGAAGUUGGUUCUCUAGCUUGGCAGCGUGUCAAUCCCGCUAUAUGUCCAGCUACACAAAUUAAUGUCAGCAAUUUAAUUGAAGGUAGACAAUAUGAAUUCCGUGUAUUUGCACAGAAUCAAGCUGGGCUCAGCAAAGAAUCUAGUGCAUCAACGUCAGUGAAGAUUAUUGAUCCACUCGUGGCUAAACCACCAGAGGUUAUCAAACCAUUGAAGAAUCUCAACUGUACUCAGAAUCACAAUGCUCACUUUAAAUGUGUCAUCACUGGAUCACCUCCACCAACUAUCAGCUGGUUCAAAGGUGCACGUGAGCUUCAAAACAGUAGUCGGUAUCAAAUUUAUUCUGAAGGUGAUUGCCAUAAUUUAGUCAUUCAAGAUGUCUUCGGAGAAGAUGCUGAUGAAUACAUUUGUCGUGCAUCCAACAAAGGUGGUCACAAAUCUACCAAAGGUGAACUAUUUAUAAUGACACCACCGAAAUUGAACGUUCCACCUCGAUUCCGAGACACAGCAUACUUUGAUAAAGGAGUCAAUGUUGUCAUCAAGAUUCCAUUCACUGGAUUCCCCAAACCAAAGAUUACGUGGGUAAGAGAAGGUGAGACAAUUGAAUCUGGAGGUCAUUAUCAUGUAGACAUUAAAGAAAGACACGCUGUAUUGACAAUCAGAGAUGGUAGCCGAAUAGAUUCUGGCCCAUAUAGAAUUACAGCUGAGAAUGAACUUGGUCAAGAUCUAGCGAUAAUUAAAAUACAAAUCAGUGACCGUCCAGACCCACCACGAUUCCCUCAAGUGGAUAAUAUUGGUCAUGAUUCACUUGCUGUCAGUUGGAAACCUCCAGUAUGGGAUGGUGGUAGCAAUAUUACGAAUUAUGUAGUAGAGAAACGAGAACAUCCAAUGACCAGUUGGAUAAGAGCAGGCACAACUCGAUUCUGUUCAUUAGCUGUUCAAGAUUUAAGUCCUGGACAUCAAUAUGACUUCAGAGUUUCUGCCGAAAAUGUAUAUGGACGAUCAGAUCCAAGUGAAGUAACGCCUCUCAUCACCACCAAAGGAUCCAAAAAGAAAGCUCCUCAGAAAUAUGAAGUUAAAUAUGACUCUAAAGGAAAGAAGAUUCGUGGUACAAGUGAUGAAAAGGUUCGUGAUUAUGAUCAAUUUGUAUUCGACAUUUAUAGUAAAUAUGUACCUCAACCAGUCGAAAUCAAGACGACUUCUGUUUAUGAUAAAUAUGAAAUUCUUGAGGAAAUUGGAACAGGAGCAUUUGGAGUUGUUCAUCGUUGCAGAGAAAGGGCAACUGGUCAUAUCUUUGCAGCUAAAUUUAUUCCUGUUUCUCAUAUUAUGGAGAAAGAAUUAAUUAGGAAAGAAAUUGAUAUAAUGAAUCAAUUACAUCAUCCUAAAUUAAUAAACUUACACGAUGCAUUUGAAGAUGAUGAUGAAAUGGUUCUUAUAUUUGAGUUCCUUUCUGGUGGUGAACUUUUCGAAAGAAUAACAGCCGAAGGAUAUUCAAUGUCAGAAUCUGAAGUUAUUAAUUACAUGAGACAAAUCUGUGAAGGAAUUAAACACAUGCACGAAAAGAAUAUUAUACAUCUUGAUAUUAAACCUGAGAACAUCAUGUGUCAGACAAGAAAUAGUACCAAUGUCAAACUAAUUGAUUUCGGUUUAGCAACUAAAUUAGAUCCUAAUGAAGUAGUUAAGAUUAGUACAGGAACAGCUGAGUUUGCUGCUCCAGAAAUUGUAGAACGUGAACCAGUAGGAUUCUACACUGAUAUGUGGGCAUGUGGUGUAUUAGCUUAUGUAUUAUUAAGUGGUCUAUCGCCAUUUGCUGGAGAUAAUGAUAUUGAAACCUUAAAGAAUGUGAAAGCAUGUGAUUGGGACUUUGACGAAGAAGCUUUCCGACAUGUUUCUGAUGAAGGAAAAGACUUUAUUAGACGAUUACUUGUAAAGAACAAAGAAAAACGUAUGACUGCACAUGAAUGUCUUCUACAUCCAUGGCUCACAGGAGACCAUAGCGACAGAACUGGCAGAAUUUCUAGCAGUCGUCAUGUCAGUUUUAGAGAUAAAUUACGUGCUAAAUAUGAAGAUUGGGAGAAAUAUCUUUUGCCUAUUGGAAGGCUUGCAGAAUAUUCCUCACUUAGAAAAUUACUUAUUGAAAAAUAUAAAAUAUAUGAUUCGACGUUUGAUCGAAGACAAGCAGCCCCGAGGUUUGUAAUAAAACCACAGAGUGCUUUCACAUAUGAAGGACAGAGUGUUAAAUUCACAUGUCGUGUUAUUGCCAUUGCUGCUCCAACUCUUUCAUGGUACCAUAACAACCAAGAGCUUAGACAGUCUGUUAAGUUCAUGAAACGCUACAUUGGAGAUGAUUAUACCUUCAUUAUUAACAGAGCGAAGUUAGAAGAUAGAGGUGAAUAUAUUAUUCGUGCUGAAAAUCAUUAUGGAUACAGAGAAGAAGUUGUCUUCCUCAAUGUCCAACCUGUACCAAGAGAAAUGCCACCAUACAAACCAGAAGUAGCGCCGAUCCGUCGACGAGAACCAUUACCUCAAUACUUCUGGUUGGAGACAACUGAGUCAGCACCAAGCUUCACAUUCGCUCUCCGACCUCGUGUUAUGCAAGAACGUCAAACUUGCAAGCUUCUCUGUUGCUUAAGCGGCAAACCACCACCAUCAGUCAGGUGGUUUAAAGACAGUCGUGAGCUGUCGCGACACGAAUAUGCCAUGAGUCAUUCUGAUGGAGUUGUCACGAUGGAAAUUAUUGACUGUAGACCAUCAGACAGUGGAAAGUAUCGCUGUGUCGCUACAAAUUGUCAUGGAAGUGAUGAAACCACUUGUGUAGUUAUUGUCGAAGGAUCUGGAGAGACUGAAGAACAAGAAAAAAUGGCUAAUGACAUUUUACACUCUGGAGAACGUAGAUUUAUUGAACAGCCAAUCAAACCAGCACCUGCUACAAUUGUUAUUAAACAAGAAUAUAGUAGUUAUUCGAAAAAUACUUUCAAACAAACCUCAUCUGGCUUCAGAUCGACCAAUGAAUUAUCUUCUUCUUCGAAGAGCUUGAAAAAAUACGGCACCAAAACUGAUUCAACCGGAAGUCCAUCAAGAUCGCGAAAUACUACCAGGGAGCUCAUCCUGCCAUCAGAUGACUCAAUGCGAUCACCAGAAUUUGUGCGUAAAUUAACAGAUUUAACAAUCAAUGAUGGUGAACAGUUAGAACUUAGUGUAAAAGUUGAUGGUGAUCCAGAGCCACAGAUAACGUGGAUGAAAGGUGGAAAGGUCUUAAGCUCUUCAGAAAUUAUGGAACUUAGAUACAAAAAUAGAGUGGCAACUCUUGUAAUAAAUGAAGUAUUCCCUGAAGACGAAGGUGAAUAUACAUGUAAAGCAACUAAUAGCGUUGGUACUGCCACUACUUCUUGCAAGUUGAAAGUUAAGCCAAUGCCAAAUGUCGGUGGUAAAAAGAAGAGUGGUGAUGACAAAGCUCCCAAGAUUGUUGAUCACUUACAGAGUGUGUACGUUAAAGAUGGUGAAUCAGUUGUUCUUAGCUGUCGAAUAAUUGGAGCUAAGAAGUUUGAUGCUAUCUGGCUUCAUAAUAACAAGGAAAUUAAACCAAGCAAGGACUUCCAAUAUUCAAAUGAAGCUAAUAUUUAUAAAUUAACUAUUGCUGAAAUAUUCCCUGAAGAUUCGGGUAUUUACACAUGCGAGGCAUUCAAUGAUGCUGGGGAAAGCUUUUCUUCGUGUACUGUCAAUGUUCAAGUUCCUAAUGAAGAACCAAAAGGCCCAGUGUUUGCGACAUUCCCAAAAUCAGCUACGGUGAACGAAGGAGAAUCUGUGAGCUUUACUUGUCAGACUGAAACCGCGCCUCUCAAAGUGACAUGGCUGAAAGACGGUAAACCAAUUGAUGAAUCAAGUAGCCGAUAUGUCUUCAGCUCAGACGGUGACAAAUCCUUCGAAAUACGUGUCAAAUCUUGUACAACGGGUGAUAUUGGGCAGUACUCAGCAAGAGCGAUCGGUAAAAAGGGUGAAUCAAUAUCUGCAUUCGCGUUGAAUGUUAUUGGUCCAAAUGAUCAAUGAGCUAUCGGCAUUAUAUUAUCGGCUCAUUAAAAUUCACAAAUAUAUAAGAACAAAUUUUUUUGAUGUAAUAAGAAAUGUCUUUUACACUCAAUUAUUUCGUGGAGCGCUAAUUAUUGUAGUACCACUCGUUUUCUGUUAUAUUAAAUUAUUUAAACAAGAAAAUUACUAAUACGAAAAUGGAAACGAAUGUGCGCAAGUACGAAUGAAAAAUGCGCGACAAAUGUGCGUUAUCAUUAGAUAAAAACUUCAUGUAUAAAAUAUUAAGAGAAUCAUUUUUAUUUAUUUAUUUAUUACUAUUAUUCUUACUAUUAAUGAUAUUAUUAUUACUAUUAUUAUUAUUAUUACCAAACAUUGUUUUCUUUCUGUGUGCUUGUCAUUUUGCAUUAAUCGGAUAGCAGAUUCAUUUUGCACGCUAAUUUCAACUUACGCCAAUUUGUGCGCGAAUCGUAAGAAUGCACGAAUAUGAAAAACAUGAUUGAUCGUGACAUCAAUGCGAGUUGAGAUUUUUUGUGGUUUCCAGUGACAAUAGUAUGGACGUCAGCAUCCUCAAAUUAAUAAGAAAAAUAUUCGUCUGUACUAAUUAGAUCUGGAAUAUAUUUCAAUCUCUCUCCCAUUACCACAAUUAUCUCGAGUUGAAUUGGUGUCACGAAUCAAUUUUUAUUCCAAUGUAUACCCAUACAAACUGUUGUGUUAAUUUUAUUUUAAGACUGCUUCCGUUACAACACGUACAAUUAAUAAAAAUUUAUGAUUUAACAUGA